GGUCCGAAUUCAAUUUCGAACGAAAAGCUCGAGCUAAAACUGGAGGCUUUGAAGACCGGUAAAUCCCGCUGCAAAACUCAAAUCGUCUGACGUGGCUAACACUUCUUUAUGAUGUGUUUAUACUGUUCACACCUCCUCGUCUAUUUGUCACAAUUAUUUUGAGAUUGUUGAAACAGGUUGUUUGAUAUGGCCUCAAAAUUUCCAGAGAAGUUUGCAGCAGGAAGAGGACGGGCAUUGCAAGCAAUGAAAUGCAUGCCACUGGAAGCAGAGAAAUUUGCUAGAAGGAAGAAAAUGCAAGAGCUAUUUAUCAAAGGUGAAGUAUCUCUCAGGGAAGAAAUCCCUGAAAGUCUACUACGUCUACAAACACCACACUCUAUUAAAAAAUCUGUGAAAAGAAAAACAUCAGAAGAUGGGAAGGCAUCAAAUAAUUCUAACAUGUCCAAGAAUAUGGAUGACAAGGCUUCCUCAAGAGAACCUGCUUUAUCAUCAACAGUGAAGCCUGAAAUAGGAAAUGGAAUUCAUCAUAAGGGAAAAGAUAUAUUGAAUUAUCAAGAUACUGUAAAAAGUGAUUCAGUUGCUGUUACAAGAAAAACUGAGGGUGCAAUAAGCAGUAACACAAGGCCAUUACGGAGGCCAGAGAAGGCAACAACUAAAUCAAUGAAUGCCAUUAAGUUUGAAGACAAAGAGUCUGUGCCCAUCUCUACAAAAAGCAAGAUUAGAUUGACACAAAAAAGCAAGAAAGAAAGUGGUGAUGACGAAGGUGCCAUUGGCCAUAAGGCUUGGCUUGAGUGGGAGAAAAAGGUUGUGGUUAAGGGUUCUUUGGAUGAUGAUGACCUGCAGGAGAUUGCCAUAGUGGAGGACAAUGAUGAUAUCAGUGAUGUCAUAGUCCACCAAUACAUUGAUGCCUUGCAUAAAAAUCAAAAGAAAAAAGGGCUUAAACAUAACAAUAAGAUCACUCCAAACCAGGUGCAACAGCUAAGUAAGCUCAAGUCAACUUCUAACGCCGACUGUGUGCGUGUAGCACCUGGCACAUUGCCUAACCCCCCUAAGGGAGAUGAUAGGUGGGGCGGAGUAGAACUGAAGUCCGUCAGCGCACCCUCAGGGUGGGGCAACCUGGAGAGUGAUGGGUUGAAUCGGUACAAUGACGGCUCGGCUUGUUGGUCAUCACAAAGUAACCCUUACGGUGGUGUCAGUUGGAGUAACUGUUCUUGAUGAAAUGAAUUAAGAUCUGAUUGUGACUCAAAGUUCUGACAAUGAAAUUGCCAGCAUUUUCUUGGUCAAGCACCAAAAUAUCUUAAAUAUUCUUUUUAAUUAAAAAAAAUCUGUCUUGCCUUUUCAAAGUUUUUUUUAUUAUUUUAUUGCCAAAGGACUUAUAAUAGACUUAUUGGCAGAUCAAGACUAUAAAAUGGAUGGAUAAUAAAAAAAACUUCAAAAUUCAAAUAAAUGGGGGUAGAUGGGCAACCAACCCCCUGGAUCUUCCCUUGACUGCUGUUAUACACUCCUUUUUUAAAGAAAUUUUAAAACUAACUCAUCUGUAUUUUAUUUUACAAUACAAUUUAAGGUAAUAUCUUAAUGGUUUUAUCUGUAUUUUUAGCUACAAAGUAGCAGAAUAAAGUCAUAGCAGGACA